AUGACGUCUAUUGAUUACUACAUUAAUUAUUCACAGGAACGACUUGGAAAGCCAAUCAUACUCAGCAACGACGAGCAUCUUCCAAUAAAAUCGUUACUAAGUACUGACUUUGAUGUGAUGUUAGCCCCCCAAACAAUCCUGGCAUCAGCGACUGAAAAAUCUGAGACGGGCCGUACGCUCUUCAACGUCGUAAGCUGGCAAAACAUCACACCUGGGUUUGUGUGGUUGAAGCUGAACAAAACUUAUCAGGAAUCGAGGGAUAAGUUUUGGAGGGAUCUUUGUAUUGAGUAUACUUCUCCUGACGGGUCAAACGGAGUAUAUCUUUCCUCUUUCGAGGUACCAAAGGUAUUCGCGAAAGGGAUGAAACGAAUCAAGCGGAAAGAGACAGGAUAUUUUGAUUUCUGUAAAAAGAUCGCAGACACAGGCGUUAACUUCGAUGUCAAAUCUCAGGGCCCGGCCGUUACCAUAACAGUAGAGUCCAGGCAGGGUUGUUCAAUGAUUUGGCCAAUAGGCAUAAAGUGCUGCCGUCAAACUCUAUUCUAUGGUGAUUUUAUCUUCGCGAUAAAAUGCAUUGGAUGGCCACGGGAAGCCCGCACAUGGCCUUUACACGAGAGCGGAUCUUGGCCACCAAAAGCGGUGAUCAAAGAAAUCAUGAGGAAAGGAUAUCACGUGGUUCCAAAGCUUUCACACCCGAUCCUUUACAAGAAGAAAAAGAAGUAGAAAAAGAACCAGCAGAAUGAGAAUCAGUCCCUUCUUCAAUAUGAAUGGAGGUUGUCUUUCUCUA